AUGGCGGUUGGGGAAAAGUCAUUACAAGAGAGCGAGUUUGGCACUAACGAAGUCAUGCGAGGCCUCCAAAUAUACCGGAUGUUGACAGACGACGGUGUACGAACGGAGCCACCUGGUAAAUCUAUGUGGAAGAAAUUGACAGGUGGAUUCUUCGUGGAGGUUGGCGCCGUGGACGGAGAGUUCCUUAGCAACACUUUGUUUUUCGAGAGAAACCGCAACUGGACGGGGCUUCUCAUAGAGGCUUUCCCGCAGACUUACCAGGAACUUCUACAGAAACACAGGAAGGCUUACUCAGUAAACACGGCCCUGGCUAUUGGCAACGUUUCCGCUGAAAUUCACUUUGCAUCCACUGGAGAAAAAGGAGUUCUAGGUCAAAUCAGUAAGAACAGCAGCCUUACCUAUAAAACCAAGGCUCUCCCUUUCUACUCCAUCUUGUUGGCGCUCAACGUGACGCAAAUUGAUUUUUUCUCCUUGGACAUUGAAGGAUCUGAGAUGAAGGUAUUGAGAACGAUCCCCUGGGACAAGAUCAAGAUCCGCCUUAUGUGUGUGGAGAUCAACCACAUUCCUGAGGGCUUCCAGACUCUUCUUGAAUUCAUGAAGAAACAAGGCUACAAGUUCCUGGGUAUUAGAAGUAUUGACGCCUGGUUCGGUUGGCCAGCUCUCUUGAAUCAAACAAUGAACAUUGGAUAAAAGUUUCAUAAACCAUUAAGUCAUGCUCAGACUGAUUUAUUCUUGUUCUAUGAUGAAGAUUGGACGAGGUGUAAUGCAUAACUUUAUGGUACACGAAUUUCUUCACUAAAACUAUACAAAAUGUCUUGCACGAGUUACACCGGCUUGAUACUAUGAAGAUGCCAUUUUCUAAUGCAUUACCAUGACUGGUCUACAUAUUCCAUUUUCAUAAAACAUUUCAUUGUAUUAUAGUGCCAAUAUUAAAAAAUUUCCAUAUACUUAU